AUGAAGAUCGCCGUUGUGGGAGGGGGGAUUUCAGGUCUGACUUCUUUAUAUUUAUUGCAUCAUCAUUCAUCACAUCAAGUUGAGAUUCUCGAAAAGCAAGAUACUUUUGGUGGGGAUGCUCAUACUGUUCUUUUUCAGCCUGAUCCCCAGAACCGGGCUAUGAAGAAUGUUGGACAGAUACUCUUCAAUCGAUCUGGAUGGCCAAACUUCGUUCGAUUUCUAGAUCAUUUAUCAGUCUCCGUGGUGAAAUCAGCUAAAAGUAUAUCCAUCACGGACCAAACUGGAUAUUCAUGGGGUUCUACCAAUCUCGGAGCUUUAUUCUCAACAUGGAGCAAUAUAUUCAAAUGGAGAACAUGGAGUAUGAUAUUUGAUAUCUUUCGAUUCCAUUAUUCCGCUUUACAAGUACUAGGAAGUCCAAAAGCGAAUAUGACAGUUGGGAAAUGGCUCGCUGAAGAGAGAUAUGGGGAUGCAUUCAGGGACGAUUAUCUACUUCCUUUUGUCGGCGCUUUAUGGUCGGUUCCUCCGGACAAAGUAUCAUCCGACUUCCCCAUAGGUAUUCUGAUACAAGCUUGGCAUAAUCAGAAGCUUUUACAGUUAUUUGAUAAAGAUGAAUAUUUGACCAUUGAGGGUGGAUCAAAAAAGUACAUUGACAAGAUUACCCAGAGUGUUCCUUCCUCCGCAGUUCACUCGAACACCACCGUGAUUUCAGUCAACCCAACGGAAAAUGGAGUGAUCCUCACACUUAUCACUGGACAACAGAAACAUUUCGACCAUGUCAUAUUUGCAAUUCACCCUCAUGUUGUCACGCGACUUCUGACCGAGGGGAUGAGCGUGAAGUUGAGAAACGCACUGAAUGGGAUUGAGUAUUCCAAGUUCGAUAUCUGGCUGCACUACGAUGAUUCGGCUCGUCCGAAGAACCAUAAAGUAUGGGCCGCAUGGAAUAUGUUCACAGGGUUUCACCUCACUCCCAAAGAUAUUACCCCAUCUUCUUGUACACCCGUCACAUUUGACCUAAACCGCUUGCAGAAUCUACCCAGGAAUAGAUACGGCUCAGUCCUAGGUACUCUCAACCCGGUGUUCGAAAUAGACCCCAAGAAGAUCAUCGCCAGGAGGACAUAUGAGAUGCCUGUGGUGUCGCUUGCUCAGAGAAGAGCGGCGGAUCUGCUUGCAGAGAAUCACCCCGCCAUCCACCUACAUCCCCGUUUGACAAUCACGGGUGCUUGGCAGGGAUAUGGGUUCCACGAGGACGGAUUUAUAUCGGGUUAUCUAUCCGCUGUCCGUCUUGGAGCUUCUCCUCCAUUCCAACUAGUCUCGUCCGAUCGAUCCGUGGAGAUUUCUCUCUGGGAUCGGAUGGUGAGUGACAUACUUGAAGGUGUCCAGUGCAUCCGAAUGAGCUUGGAGAAGUAUCAUAGUAACGUUUGGACCAUGUCACUGUCACCGAAGUGGAAGUUAGCCUAA